CAGAACUUGAGGCAACUCUCAGUGAGCUCUGAGAACUUUUGAAAGACUUUGUAGUUCCCUCUUGCAAUGGAUAGUAAUCCAAGAAACCGGAGAUGCCCAAGAGAGAGCCACUUGUUUGUAAUUUUUGCUCUUCUUUUACUCCUAAAAGAUCUUAUCGUUUCCGAUACAUUUACUGAGGCAGCGACUAGUGUUCAUAUCGUGUAUAUGGGAGAUAAGAUACAUGAUGAUCCAGAAACCACAAAGAAGGAUCACCACAGAAUGCUAACUUCAUUGUUAGGAAGCAAAGGAGCAGCAAAAAACUCAAUUCUUUACAGCUAUAAGCAUGGGUUUUCAGGGUUUGCAGCAAGAUUGACAAAAUCUCAGGCGGAAGAAAUUGCGAGUAUCUUGUUUGCUUUCAUUUUAACAUUUGAUAUGCAGUCCAUUUCAUCACCUUUAAUAGCAAUGAACCAAUUUGAUGUAGAGUUUCCGGGUGUUAUCCAUGUCAUUCCGAAUCGCAUUCACAAACUCCAUACAACCAGAAGCUGGGACUUCAUUGGAAUCAGCCGUUCCUUCUCAAGAACCGCUUUCACAGAAAGCAACUUUGGUAAAGGGACCAUCAUAGGUAUCAUAGACUCAGGAAUCUGGCCAGAGUCUGAAAGUUUUAAUGACGAAGCAAUGGGUCCUAUCCCAUCACGAUGGAAAGGCAUUUGCCAAGUUGGAGAGCACUUCAAUUCUACCAACUGCAACAAGAAGAUAAUUGGUGCUCGGUGGUUUGCAAAAGGAAUAACAAAAAUGAUUGAGAAGCUCAUCCAUUCAAAUAACAGCAAUGAAUUUCUCUCAGCAAGAGAUGGUGUUGGUCAUGGAACUCAUACUGCUUCUACAGCAGCUGGGUACUUUGUAGGAAAAGCAAAUUAUGGCGGACUUGCCAGUGGUCUAGCCAGAGGAGGAGCCCCUUUGGCUCACUUAGCAAUCUACAAAGCUUGCUGGGGCAUGCCUGUUGGAGGUUGCACAGAUGCUGAUGUCCUAAAAGCUUUUGACAAGGCUAUACUUGAUGGAGUAGAUGUCUUGUCUAUUUCUUUAGGCUUUCAUAUUCCUUUGUUCUCUUAUGUGGAGCAACGCGACACAAUAUCCAUCGGUUCCUUUCAUGCAAAUGCCAAGGGAAUCACAGUUGUUUGUUCUGCUGGGAACGAUGGCCCCAUAUCGCAAACCGUUACAAAUACUGCACCUUGGCUAAUUACAGUUGCAGCCACCACAAUAGACAGGGGCUUUCCAACAACCAUUACUCUUGGAAAUAACCACACAGUCUGGGGACAGUCCAUUGAUACUGGGGAACGUGAUAUUGGAUUUGUAGGGCUUACGUACUCUGAACGCAUAGCUUUAGAUCCAAAAGAUGAUUUGGCCAAGGAUUGUCAGCCAGGAAGUCUAAAUGCAACAGUAGCAGCAGGCAAAAUUGUUCUGUGCCUCUCGGAGUCCGAUCAACAAAAUAUCCUUUCCGCAGAAAUCACAGUACGAAAAGCUGGUGGAGUUGGAUUAAUAUAUGCACAAUUUCAUGAGGACGGACUCACCAAAUGCAGUUCGAUUCCAUGUAUUAAAGUAAAUUAUGAAGUGGGAACGCAAAUCAUAUCCUAUAUCAGAAGAGCAAGGUUUCCAACAGCAAAACUGAAUUUUCCGAAGACCGUCAUUGGAAAAUGGGCAUCUCCUCGAGUGGCUUCUUUCUCAUCUAGAGGACCAAGUACCAUGUCUCCAACCGUGCUAAAGCCCGACAUAGCUGCGCCAGGUGUGGACAUUUUGGCUUCAUUUCCACCAAAGGCCAGAACUCAAAACAGUGGAUUUGCCUUCUUAUCUGGGACUUCAAUGUCUUGUCCCCAUGUAGCAGGAAUAGCAGCUCUCAUCAAAGCAAAACACCCAACAUGGUCACCUGCAGCCAUAAGAUCAGCUCUUGUAACAACAGCUUCUCAGACUGCAACCGAUGGAGACGUCAUAUCUGAAGAGGGUUCUACUCGUAAAGCGGCCGAUCCAUUUGACAUAGGGGGUGGCCUAGUAAACCCUAACAAGGCCAUGGAUCCAGGUCUCCUAUAUGACAUUAAGUCCCAGGAAUAUAUUCAGUUCCUUUGUUCUAUGAGCUACAGCAGUGGAUCAAUCAGCAGAGUCACCAAAACCACCCCAAGCUGUGUAAAAGAAAGGAAUCCAGGACUGAACCUGAAUCUUCCUUCCAUAUCAAUCCCAAAUCUGAAGAAGACGGUAACAGUAACGAGAACAGUGACAAAUGUGGGAAAUGUAAGUGCGGCCUAUAAAGCUAUAGUGAGGGCACCGUAUGGCAUAGAAGUUGGAGUUGAACCUCAACUUCUGAGCUUCAAUUCAACAACCCAGGUUCUUUCCUACAGUAUCACUUUUGUGUCAACCCAAAAGCUAAAUGGAUAUUACAAAUUCGGUAGCUUAACAUGGACAGAUGGCCAGCAUUUCGUCAGGAGCCCAAUCGCAGUGCGGACUACGAAAUUUGAAUCCUAUGCAGAUUCGUAGGCAUUAUGUAUCCAUGAAUUCGAGGGGGGAAAACAUUAAACAAUGGCAAACUUAUUCACUUGGAGGAAAUAGAAACUAGUAAUUCAUGCCCAUUGAAUCUUUCAGCUAGGAAAAACACUGAUCCAGCAGUUAUCAUCUCAAGUAAAUAAGACGGUUCCUUCACUUUUUCUCUACAUUCUAUUUUUGAAAUUUUCAUGAUGCGAUUGUAAUUGGAAAUUUAGAGGGCUGUGCCUGUGUGUUUCACUGCUGUGCAAAAUUGCUUAGGC